AUUGUUUUGCUCUACCUUGAUAUUCUUCCACCGGAGCAAAACCAGGCAGAAAACUUCAACCUUCACCUGAUUCACGAAGUCACAAGGCCAAGUACGGCUUGAUUAGAACCUACUUUUUGAGGCGCAACUCUGCCAGUUUCACUCGCUUGCCCUUUUGUCCCCCUCCAUCACUUCUCCAUCAACUGUCUGCCCACUUUCGCGACCUUCAUCCCCAACAUCAACCGUUCGCUUGGCGACCAAAGCGACCACUUUUCGCAACCUCCUCGUUAGCAAAGCUAUUUCUGAACAGCGCAUCACGACAGUCCAAUACUUCUUGUCUCUGUCUUGCAGCCUCUUCGCGCGACAAUCCGUCUCAAGCAACUUGAACCAUCUUAUCUAGCGCGCAAACCUCAUCGAGAACCUCGCCAGCACAAGUCGCAACUCGCAACUCGCAACGGUCAAGCACGCAUCUGCGGUUCACCUUUCAAGGAUCAUUCAAGAAUCGCUCAAACUACCUCCCCCAUCAAUCAAGCACGCACAAUGACUUACGUCGACGAUACCAACACUCGGCAAGCCGCUGAUGCUGCUUCAAAGUUCGUCAACUGGUACUACAGCCAAAUCAAUGAGGGAAAGGGCGUCAGCCAGUCCUACGUGACCAACAAUGACACCUACAAGAACGCCGGCCACCCCCCUGCCGACAUCUGUGUCAACGGCCUAGUCUGCCCCACCCCAGAAGACUGGGAGAAGAUUCUUGCCCAGCAGCGCGAAGCCCCCAAAGCCACCAACGACAAGAAACACGUCAGCUACGUCGUCGACACCUUUGAUGCGCACGUCAUCAACGCCGAUUACCGCUUUGGCGCCACUCAGAACCUGAUCGAUAUUCACGGGCCUAACGACGGCGUGAGGAUGAUGAUCAUGGUCAAUGUCUCUGGUACGGUCUACUUCGGAGUCAGCAAGAGGAGCAACGAGGAGUACUCGGUCAAGCAGCAUUUCAACGAUGUGUUUAUUCUGGUGCCGAACUGGGAUUCGCUGGCCAAGCAGUCGAAGUAUGGGAAGAGGUUUCUGAUUGCUAGCCAGACGUACAGGGCUUACUAG